CGGCUGAGAACGGACCUGGUCUCUGUCUCCACCCGCCGCCCCAGCAGCUCUUCGUCGUCCACCUUCAUCCUGCUGCAUUGCUUACAGUCACUUCAUGUGGUUUGGAAAACAACUGGUUUCAGACGAGUUUUAUCAGAAUAUCCUGGGCCGAUGCUGUUAGAGACCUGCCAGUAAGUCAGACUGCAGAAGAGCUGAUUUAAUUUUCUGCUGGCGUGAUCUGCAUCUGCUGCAGGACUCCAGAUAGAGGACCGCUCCUCUGAGCACACAGAUGUGUUUUGGGUACAGGAGAAGAGGUAAAGGAGACCAAACAGCCAGGAGAUGAUGGAAGCCGGCCUGAAUGGAGCCUCCAAAUCCCAGUCUGCAGGUGCGAAGCAGCAGCUGCAUGGCGCCACUGUCAGUUUCCACAAUAUUUUCUACAAAGUGAAACAGGGAGGUGGCUGUUUUUGCUUGAAGAAGACCACAACCAAAGACAUCCUCAUCGACCUCAAUGGUAUCAUGAAGCCAGGGCUGAACGCCAUCAUGGGAGCAACAGGAAGCGGCAAAUCAUCGUUUCUGGAUGUUUUGGCAGCCAGGAAGGAUCCUGCAGGCCUGACGGGAGAAGUCCUGAUUGACGGAGCUCCUCAGCCUCCGAACUUCAAGUGCCUUUCUGGAUAUGUGGUGCAGGACGAUGUGGUGAUGGGAACGCUGACGGUGAGAGAAAACUUCACCUUCUCAGCAGCUCUCCGCCUCCCAUCGAGCAUCACUCAGCAGGAGAAGGAGCAGAAGGUCAACAGGCUAAUCCAGGAGCUGGGACUGGGACGAGUGGCCGACUCCAAGGUGGGCACGCAGCUGAUUCGUGGGAUUUCCGGCGGUGAGAGAAAGAGGACGAACAUCGGCAUGGAGCUGAUCAUUGACCCGCCCGUCCUCUUCCUGGAUGAACCCACCACGGGCCUGGACGCCAGCACGGCCAACUCCGUCCUGCUGCUGCUGAAGAGGAUGGCUAAUCACGGUCGGACCGUCAUCCUGUCCAUCCAUCAGCCUCGGUACACCAUCUACCGCCUGUUCGACAGCCUCACUCUGCUGGUCAACGGCAAACAGGUUUACCACGGCCCAGCACAGAGAGCACUGGACUACUUUUCAGACAUCGGAUACACCUGUGAGGCCCACAACAACCCCGCCGACUUUUUCCUGGAUGUUAUUAACGGAGACUCAACGGCCGUCGCUCUCAACAGUAUGGAGGAAGAAGAUCCACGUCCGGAUGCAGACUCGGUGUCGAUGUCCAGAAGAGGGAUCGAGGACAAACUGGUGGAGGAGUACAGGAACUGCCAGAAUUAUAAAGAGACCAAAGCAGAGCUGGAGGCGAUAGUUCAGGGAAAGCCGGCCACCACCUCCUCUCGCUCCAGAACCAUCACCUACAACACCGGCUUCCUGACCCAGUUCAAAUGGGUUUUAAAGAGAACUUUCCGCAACCUCCUGCUCAACCCUCAGACCUCCAUCGCUCAGGUUGCAGUAACGCUCUUCCUCGCUCUGGUUGUCGGAGCACUUUUCUUUGAUGUCAAGGACAAUCAGAGCGGAGUGCAGAACAGGAUCGGCGCGCUCUUCUUCAUCGUUGUGAAUCAGUGUUUCAGCUCUCUGUCGGCUGCCGAGCUCUUCAUCGCAGAGAGGAAACUCUUCACUCAUGAGUAUAUCAGCGGCUACUACAGGGUGUCCGUCUACUUCCUGUGUAAGAUCCUGUCUGACAUCAUCACACUGAGGACCAUCCCCGCCAUCAUCUUCAGCUGCGUUGCGUACUUCAUGAUCGGUCUGAAACCCACAGCUGAGGCCUUCUUCAUCUUCAUGUUCACCGUGGCUCUGGUGUCCUACACAGCCACCUCCAUGGCCAUGGCCAUUUCGGCUGACCAGACGGUGGUGGCCAUCGCCAACAUCUUUAUGACCAUUACCUGCGUCUUUAUGAUGAUCUUUGCAGGCUUGUUGGUGAAUCUUCCUUCCAUCGUCAGCUGGCUCGCUUGGUUAAAAUACUUAAGUGUGCCCAGAUAUGGCCUUAGUGCUCUGCAGGUUAAUGAGUUCACCGGGCUGAACUUCUGUAAUGGGCUGAACAGCUCCGUCAUUCCUCCAGGAUCCUCCUGCACAGGUGAGGCGUUUCUGGAGGAGCAGGGCGUGGAUUAUUCCAGCUGGGGCCUCUGGCAGAACCACCUGGCUCUGAUCAUCAUGACCAUCUGCUUCCUCACAAUAGCAUACCUCAAACUGCGCUUCAUCAAGAAGUUCACCUAGACCCUCAUCAUCAUCAUCACUGCUGCUGCCUUGGUAACAUAAUCAAAACUGCUGCGAAGAGCAGCUCAGGAUUGUUUGUUUUUUACAGAUAUAGUUUGUUACUUUCCAUCGUUCAGGUUCAAACUUACUUUUAUUGAUUCAAGUAAAAAAAUAUCUGUGAUCUUCCAGAAGACUUUUUUUUAUAAAUCUUUUAUUCACUCCUUGUUAACGCUGUUUUACUUUGUAUUAAGUCUAUUUACUUAUAAAUGUUUUGGUUUUUUGUUGUU